AUGGGUGAGCUACGGAGGAUCAUGCGAGCUGAAUUGGAGGGCAUCAAUCAAAGGAUGGAUCGAAUGGAAAAUAGGGCACAUGCUGCACAAAACCAGCCACGACAAAAUGCUGGACGAAGAGUUCAAAAUGUUCCUAGUGAUGGAGAAGGAGCAUUAUCGGAUGAAGAAGAAUUAGUUGAGCAGCCCCAAAGGCCUAGACGUGCACAACGGGCAAGGAAUCAUGUUGAUGAUGACUUGGGGAGUAUCAAGAUGAAGAUUCCGUCGUUUCAAGGGAGAAACGAUCCUGAAGUGUACCUCGAAUGGGAGAGGAAAACGGAGAUGGUGUUUGAGUGUCACCGUUACUCAGAGUUGAAAAAGGUGAAAAUGGCAGCCGCGGAAUUCAGUGAUUACGCUCUUGUUUGGUGGGACCAACUCGUAAUCACAAGGAGGAGGAAUGGUGAAUAUCCUAUUAUUACAUGGGAUGAAAUGAAGGCUGUCAUGAAAAGAAGGUUCGUUCCUAAUCAUUUCCAUCAUGAUAUACACCAAAGGUUACGGAAAUUGGUGCAGGGAAAUCAAAGUGUGGAGGAGUACUUCAAGGAGAUGGAGAUACUCAUGAUUAGGGCCGAUAUCGAGGAAGAUAGGGAAGCUACUUUGCAAAGAUUCCUUGGUGGUUUGAAUCAAGACAUUCAAGAUAGAGUGGAAUUGGGCCAUUUUGCUAACAAAUGUCCCAAUAGAAGAGUUAUGGUGUUGCGUGAUGAUGGUGAGAUAGAAACGGAGGCAGAAAGUGAUACAGAAUCUAUGCCAUCAUUAAAGGAUGAUUUUGAAGAGCAACUUCCUGCCAAAGGAGAAGCAUUGGUUAUACGGAGAAUCCUGAAUCUGAAAGCCAAAGAAGAAGAGGUAGUACAGCGGGAGAACAUUUUCUAUACUCGAUGCCUUAUUCAAAACAAGGUAUGUAGUGUGAUUGUUGAUGGGGGGAGCUGUACAAAUGUUGCUAGUGCUACAAUGGUGGAGAAGCUGAAUCUACAACCGACAAAGCAUCCUAAGCCCUAUAGGUUGCAAUGGUUGAAUGAUAGUGGAGAGGUGAAAGUUUCCAAGCAAGUAAGGGUUCCUUUUUGCAUUGGAAAGUAUGAAGAUGAAAUUCUCUGUGAUGUAGUACCAAUGCAGGCCAGCCAUUUGUUGUUGGGGAGACCGUGGCAGUUCGAUAGACGUGUGCAACAUGAUGGUUACAGCAACAAAUACUCGUUCGAGUUUAAAGGUAGCAAAAUCCGACUUGUUCCUUUAACUCCGAAGGAAAUCUACGACGAUCAUAUCAAGCAGGGGAAAACACAAAUGCGUGGCAGCGAUGUCUUGAGUGACCAUGAGGUAGAUCACCAAAAUGGAGAGUUCUUGAGAAAAACCCAGAAACAGACCUUUGAGAGCAAACCCGAGAGGAAACAAAAGAAUUUCUUCCUGAGAGCUUGUGAGAUAAAAAAAGCUUUGUUUUCAAGUCAACCAAUCAUUGUACUUUUGUACAAAGAGACUCUUUCUAACUUGAAUGAUUUUUCAUCAUCUUUGCCAAGUGUUCUUCAAGAUGUUUUGCAGGAGUACAAAGACGUCUUUUCCAAAGACAUUCCCCGAGGAUUACCGCCGAUCCGUGGCGUUCACCCGGCUUAUCAAACGGACAGUCAUAACCGUUUGUGGCGCCUUCGCAUACCAAGGUUGCUAAUCACGGCGUUAGGUCUAGGUCGCGGCAGUCUUUAG